AUGACCAACGUCCACUACGACAGUGUCCUCGUCAUCGUCGACAGACUCACAAAGUAUUCGUACUUCAUCCCGUACAUGGAGUCUAGCACUGCAGAAGACCUCGCCUACAAGUUUCUGCAGGUGAUCGUAAGCCAACACGGAAUGCCGAAGGAAAUCGUAUCCGACAGAGACAAGCUGUUCACUUCCAAGUUUUGGAGAUCCCUGAUCUCGCAGCUAGGAUCCGACCACAAGAUGUCCACCGCUUUCCAUCCGCAAACCGAUGGCCAGACAGAACGAAUCAAUCAGAUCAUGGAAACCUACCUACGCUGCUACGUCAACUAUCAGCAAGACAACUGGGUUCAACUGCUACCUAUGGCCCAGUUCGCUUACAACAGCGCAGUAGGAGAAAGUACAAAAGAAUCACCAUUCUACUUAAACUACGGAUUCAACCCGACAGCCUAUGGACAACCCCGACAAGGCCCAACAGCUCUGAAAGCUGUGGCAGAUAUCAACAAACUCAAGGAAAUCCAACGAGAUCUUCCCAGAGACCUUGAAUUUGUGCGCGAACGCAUGCGCAAAUACGCUGACAAGACAAGAGUUGAGGGACCAACUCUGAAGGAGGGGGAUAGUGUAUACCUUCUCCGCCGCAACAUCAAAACAAAACGACCAAGCGAUAAGUUAGACUUCAAGAAACUUAGACCCUUUGAAAUUACGAAGAAGGUAUCCAACGUCAACUUUAAACUCGCACUACCCGACAGCAUAAAGUGUCAUCCAGUCUUUCACAUUUCACUACUCGAACCAGCCCCACAAGGAUCACGAACAAGCAACGUCAUCAUUGUGGAAAACAACGAGCCAGAGUACGAAGUCGAACGUAUCAUCGACCACCUUAAAGAACCCGAAGGAUAUCAAUACCUCGUCAAAUGGAAAGGAUACGGACAUGAAGAUAACACUUGGGAACCUGCGAAGAACCUCACCAACGCAACUGACGAACUCUCCGUCUAUUGGCAACAACACCGAGAACGGGAAACCACACCAGCGCCAGUAACGCCUCCCAGUCAAACAAACACCAACGGCUACCAACGGAUUAGACACCCACACAGACACGUCAGACCACCAGCAGAAGCAGACAGACCGCGACAAGGAAAACCGUUUAUUCGGUUAGGAACACCAGAAUGCGACUAG